UGCGCGUUUCAAAGUGUUCUUUUCGCAUUUUCAAAAACUGCGAUCGUACGAAAACUAAAUUUAAAAAAAAAUAAGGUCUUACAAAAAUGGAUGACGAAGACGACGAGUGGAUAGGAGAGUGUCUUUUAGUGGCUGGUUUCAUCACUGGUAUCGUCGUGAUCACGCUCUGCAUCUCCGUUUAUUACAUCUGUUGUCAUUGCCCGAGACAAGCGAAUCGCCGCAAAGCCAAACACGCUCAACAGCGGCGACUCCGACAGCCAUCCGUUGCUUCAACGACUGUUGAUUGUCACGAAAGUUGUCACGGAACUGAAUAUCAGCCGGACGGCGAUAUCGCGACGCAAGAAUUUCCUUCUUUUGUUUCCAUAGCGACGCAACACAACGUCGAAAGUGCACCGCCACCGUAUUACAUCAGUGAAGAUGAUCCCCCACCGCCGUAUUCAAUCGAUGACGCAUCCGCUGAAAUCAUUACUGAGAAACCGGCGAGUACUAACUAGUGGCCCAGCUGUAAAAGCUGCGGAUCAAAUCAUAUGUCAACGCGAUGGCGCCAUGGGACGUGAAUCCUGCAAGGCUAACAACGUUAUACUUUUUUGGCUAAAUGCAAAUCACCAAGAAUUAUGUUAGAAACUGGAAUAGAAAUGAAAAUUCGCUGAAAAUUCCUGUCUCGAAAUUUGAAAAUGGAGCUACAAGGUGAAGUGAAAUUUAUCCCGACUGCGAAAAAAAAAUAAAAUGAAACUAGAACACGACACACCAAAAUGUCAAGGUUCCAUGACGAAUACUCUUAAUUAGCCAUCUCAUUAAAAAUCGUGUCUAUAUACUGGACGUUAUCAAAUACAAAGAAAUGCGGAUUGUACACCGUAUCAAUGUCA